UGUGCAGCGAUGCAGUUGAACAGGUUAUUGUUCCAAGGAAUAGAAAGAAGAAGGAGGUAGUUUGAUCACAUCACAAUAGUUUGAUCACAGAACACUAGUACAUUUAUCAGACUGCAGUGCCUCAAUAGGACUGAUUCAACCAGGAAUGAAGGUGACUCAACUAGACUGUCUGUGUCUGAUUCUUCUACAUCUCCUACACACAUCAGGCUCUGAGAGGUUUGAGGUUCUUGGUCCAACUGAUUCCAUUGUUGCUGUAGCUGGUGAUGACAUCAUUCUGCCCUGUUACCUCAAACCCAACAUCAGUGCUGAGGACAUGACAGUGGACUGGCUGAACCUGGACUUCUUAGACGAACGUGUCUUUCGUUACCAAAACCACAGAAUCAUACGAGAUGAUCAGAUUCCCUACUAUAGAGGAAGAACUUCACUGUUUGAAGAGGAACUAUGGAGGGGCAACACCUCUUUGAAACUGACCAGGGUACAAGGCACUGAUGAGGGACAUUACAAAUGCUUAAUUCAGUCAAAGAGCUGGUAUGAUGAUUUCACUGUUCAAGUCCUCGUUAAAGCUGUAGGAUCCAAGCCAGUGGUGUCCAUUGAGGGACACAGAGAGGGAGGGAUGGGUCUGCUGUGUGAAUCAGAAGGCUGGCACCCUGACCCUGAGCUGGUGUGGCUGGACAGUAAAGGAGUCCAUCUCUCUGCUCGAACUCUUGAGACACACAGAGACUUCAAGGGAUUCUACAGAGUCAAACAACAUGUCAUUGUCCAGGAGACUGACACAAACCACUUUACCUGCAGAGUCCAACAGAAACGGAUCAAUGAGAAGAUGGAGACAGAGAUUCACCUCCCUAGUGAGUUAUUUGAUCCAACCCCAUGGAGAAUGGCCUUCAUUGUGUUAUGCUGUCUGGGAGCCAUCAUUGGGAUUGGGUUAUCUCUGGCUAUCUACUGCAUAUGUUAUAAGAAAGAUGACCUCACUGAGCAGCGAGAUGACCUCAAGAAGGAUAAUAAUGACAUCACUAGGAAGCUAGAUGACCACAAUGGGAAGCUAGAAAUCCUGACUUCUCAGCUGGAUUUUGUGAACACAAACUGGAGUCCAGAUUUUGAAACCAUCAGAACACAUGCAGUGGAUGUGACUCUAGACCCUGAUACUGCACAUCGUAACCUCAUCCUGUCUGAUGACGGGAAACAAGUGAGACAUGGAGAACUAAAUCAGGUUCUCUCUGACAACAGGAAGAGGUAUAAAAAUUGGUCCGGUGUCCUCGGAAAUGUGGGCUUCUCAAGGAAGUUCUACUAUGAGGUGAAGGUGGAGGGGAAGACUGAGUGGACUUUGGGAGUGGUCAGAAGGUCCAUCAAUAGGAAUGAGAGGUCUAGACCGAUCCCUUAUAAAGGAUACUGGACUGUGGAGCUGAAGGAUGGAAAGUACACAGCUCACGCUGAUUCCCCUCUCACCCUCUUACUGAGAGAGAAGCCCCUGAAAGUGGGUGUGUUUGUGGAUUAUGAGAAGGGACAGGUAUCCUUCUACAAUGUGGAGGCCAGGUCUCAUAUCUACUCUUUCACACGCUCCAAAUUUUCUAAGAAACUCUAUCCAUUCUUCAACCCUGGUGGUUCAGAUAGUAUUUCACUGGUCGUCUGUCCUGUGGAUGCCACUGACUGACUGUUUUAAAACAAACAAGGCAGAUACAGUAUAAACAGCAGUAACUCCUAUUGAGAGACUUAAUGUACAUGAGAUCUUAGUUAUAGAUUUCCUGUCAAUCUUUGUUGUUGUGGUAGAGUGGACCAGUUGAUUGUUUAUUGGAUAAGACAGAGAGGUAAAGGUAGGAAUGUUGAAAGAGCAAUGGGUUGGAUCUGAACCCAUUCUGGUACUGGACCAUCCCAGACCACUGAUUUCUUGUUAAUGUUUGACUAAUCUUUGACGUUUCUUUCACCAAUCCCUUGGACUGUUCUGUCUUCAUGAGAGUGUGUUAUAUGUAGACUGUAGCUAAGAAAGUAAUACUAAGUGUAUGUUGUGUAGUAAGCUGUUAGUAGUCCAUGUGCCUCACACUAAUACUUUGGUCCCUUUUCCCUUUUUUGUAUAUUUCAAAAGUGCUGAACAAGUAGUUAUAUUGACAACGUCUGUCCUCGCUCGCUCAUUUAUGGCUUCAUCGAAAUUACGGAUUGCCUCUUAUACGCUCCUCGUUCCCUUAUGCCAUAGUUUGUACAUCUCAAUUGUCAGUAGAAACCACAUUUGUUUAAACAAG